AUGGUGCGCAAGUAUGCUAGUGUCAAAUAUAAGACAAACAAGGCCUUUCAAACCUAUGUGCGCGAUUACGCCAAAGCCAAAUAUAAAUCAAACAAGAUAUUUCAGACUUAUGUGCGUGAUUACUCCAAAGCCAAAUAUAAAUCAAACAAGACCUUUCAGACCUGUGUGCGUGAUUACUCCAAAGCCAAAUACAAGACAAACAAGACCUUUCAGAAAUAUGUGCAUGCUUACUUCAAAGCCAAAUAUAAGACAAACAGGCCAUUCCAGACCUAUAUGCGUGAUUACUCCAAAGCCAAAUAUAAGACAAACAGGCCAUUCCAGACCUAUGUGCGUGAUUACUCCAAAGCCAAAUAUAAGACAAACAGGCCAUUCCAGAAUUUUGUCCGUGAUUACAGUCGUACAAAAUAUAAGAAAAACAUUGGAUUCCAGAACAAAAUUAAAGAGCAUAAUAGGAGGAGGUAUCAAGAAAACGAAAACAUCCGUGUAAGUAAAAUAAAAAAAGGCUGUGAGAAUUAUUCAACAUGGCAGAAGAAAAAGGAAGACAUUGAUUUGGCUAUUGGUCAUUUUCGUGAAGAGGUCAGCCGUGGUCCUGAAUAUGCAUGUGCAGUCUGUCAUCGUUUGCUCUUCAGGAAGCAGGUGGUUGAGUGUAAAAGACAUACCUAUGAAAGCAAAGGAGCAGAAGUGGCUGCAUUGGCUAAUAGAUGUAUAACAUUGCAAUAUUUACAUAUGUGUGAUGUUGAAUGUGGGCAGAAAUGUCAUUUGUCUGAUAGUCCAUCAAGCAAAUUAUGGAUUUGCCAUACGUGUCAUCGCAAAAUACUUGCAGGAAAACUUCCUGAACAGAGUGUUGCCAACAACAUGCAUUUGGAUGAUAUUCCAGCCGAACUUAAAUGUCUGAACUCUUUGGAACAGCAUCUCAUCGCACGUCACAUUCCCUUCAUGAAACUGUUAUGUUUGCCUCGAGGCCGCCAGAGAGCUUGCCAUGGUCCUUGUGUCUCUGUUCCUGUUAAUAACGCAAAUGUGACAAAUAUACUCCCAAGAAAUGAAUGCGAUGACAAGAUGAUUAGAGUGAAAUUGAAACGUAAGUUGACAUAUAAAGGUCAUUACGAGUACAUGUAUGUCCACACUGAUCGUGUCAGAAAUGCACUGAGGUAUUUGAUGGCAAACAAUAAAUGGUAUGGUGAUGUGACUAUGAAUGAUGAAUGGGUAAACUCUCUGAAUGGCACUGACCAGCAUGAGGAAAAUACCAAACAGGAAACACCUGAUAACAGCGAUGAUGACAAUGUUCCUGAAGAGCAAGCAGAGGAAGAUGUGACUUAUAUCAAAGAUCAGAAUGGGCUCUUGUCAGAUACAUCAUUACAACCUGUCGAUCUGGGUUCAGAGAUCAUUGAUCAGAAUUUUCAGGAUAUACUUAAUGUGGCACCAGGUGAAGGUAACAGUCCAGUGAGGUUGCUGUCCGAUAAAACAAAUGAGGCAAAAUGUUUCCCUGUCUUGUAUCCAUCUGGUGGACCUACAUUCCAUGAUGAAAGAGAGUCCAAAAUAACUCUGUCACGUUACCUGAAUACACGCAUUCUGAAUGCAGAUGGCCGUUUUGCACAGAACACAGACUUCAUUUUUUACGCCCAGUACAUAUCAGAAGUGCAUCAAGUUGUAUCUGGUGUAUCAGUGGCAUUACGCAAAGGUGGCGGCAACUUCUCUCUGAAAGACGCAUCACCAGACAUGUUGUUGAACUCAGACUCGUUGGGUAAGAUAUUGCGUAAUGACGAAGGAUACAAGUUCUUACGAGGGAUUCGUGGCACACCUCCAUACUGGAUGUCAGUUCAGAAAGAUUUGUUUGCCAUGAUAAGACAACUCUCCAUACCCACGUUCUUUGCAUCAUUUAGCUCUGCAGAUUUGAGAUGGCCUGAAAUGCUGAACUCUAUUCUAAGAAUAGAAGGUAAACACACGUCUGUUGAUGAUCUUGACUGGUCUGACAAAUGUGGACUUAUACGUCGAAACCCUGUGACAACGGCAAGAAUGUUUGAUCACCGAUGGCAUUGCUUUCUCCGUGAUGUAAUCAUGUCGCCAGCAGAACCCAUAGGGAAAAUAAAGGACUACUUUUAUCGUGUUGAAUUUCAACAGCGUGGUUCUCCUCAUGUCCACUGUCUUUUCUGGGUUGAAAAUGCUCCCAAGAUUGAUAAAGAGAGUGAUGAUGAAGUGGCACAGUUCAUAGAUACAUACAUCACCUGUGAGAUCCCACCAGAAACAGAUGCAGAGCUUUACGAGGUUGUAAGCAGCGUACAGAGGCACAGCACAAGACACUCUAAGACUUGUCGCAAGAAAAACACAGUGUGCAGGUUCAACUUCCCACGGCCACCAACAAACUGUACUUUCAUCACAAGAGGCGGCAACUGUGAGGACUUGAAUAGCAAUGAUGACGAUACAAGUGCGAGUACAAUAAUAAAAAAUGUUAAAACUGCGUUGACCAUGCCUGACAUGAAUUUUGAUACAGCCGAUGCAUUUUUUGAGUCUCUUGGAAUAGAUCAAGGUUUGUUUGAAAAGGCGUACAACAUAUGUUCCAAAAAGAAAAGCAUUGUCCUGAAACGAAAUCCUGGAGACAUUUGGGUGAACCAGUACAACAAAGACUUACUCCGUGCUUGGCAAGGCAACAUGGAUAUCCAGUAUGUCACAGAUGCCUUUUCAGUUGUGGUCUACAUACUGUCGUACAUCACAAAAGCAGAACAAGAAAUGGGUUUGCUCUUACAACGUGCCCAAGACGAGUCAAUGAAUGGCAAUCUGGAUGCAAAAGCAGCAUUCAAACAGCUUGGAAGUGUAUACCUACACAACAGAGAAGUUUCAGCCCAAGAGGCAGUGUAUCGAUUAACACACAUGCACUUGAAAGAAUGCUCCCGUGACGUACAGUUUAUUCCAGUUGGUGAUAAUCCUGUUAGGAUGAGUUUGCCUUUGCAUGUAAUCCAAGCUAAAGCUCAGUUCCAACAGUCUAAUGACGAAAGCAGCAUUUGGAUGACCAAUGUGAUCGAAAGGUAUAAAAGCAGACCCCAGAAUGAACAAUUUGAGGAUUUAUGCCUGGCCAGUUUUUGUUCUGAAUACAGAGUUCUAUCAAAGUCACAGGUUCCGACUGAAAGAGAUUCACAUGACAUUAUACAGCUCAACAACAACUGUGGCUUUGUGAAACGAAGGACCCGAACUGAACCUGCUGUUGUGAGAUACCCCAGAUUUUCUCCCACCAAAAACCCAGAAAAGUACUUCCAUUCAUUGCUGCAACUGUUUCUGCCUUACUAUGAAGACCGUCACCUCAAACCACCCCACUAUGAUACAUAUGAGGAUUUCUAUCAAAAUGGUGCAGUGAAAUGUGGCGUUGAUGUCCAAAGAGUGCAUUCGAUUGUAGAUACCAACAAAGCUUUAUUUGAAAAAGAAAGUGAUGAGAUUGACAGAGCUAAGCAGUUGCUGGAGGACAACAUUGAUUUAGAAGAUGCCUGGGCUCAGAUAUGUCCUGAAACAGAAAGGGAGCGUCUUCGUUGUUUGGAUCUGAUGAAAGAAAAAGUUGUAGAUGAUGAAGGUGAUGAUGAUGACAAACUCAUUCCUGACCUGACAGCAAAUCCACAGACUACAUGUACUUUGGAAACAAAUCAUGUGUCAAUGCCCAGACAGGAUGCAUUGCAUUUAUUGCGAUCAUUAAAUGAAGAACAGUCUGCCAUAUUCUAUGCUGUUCGUAAGUGGUGUUUGCAGAAACUGUUUGGACAAAAUCCUGAACCGUUGCGGUUAUUCAUUACUGGUGGAGCAGGAACGGGGAAAAGCCAUUUAAUCAAAGCGAUACAUUACGAAUCUACCAGGCUGUUGUCACAGAUUGCUGAAAAUCCUGAGGAUCUCACUGUGAUUCUAACAGCACCUACAGGAGUGGCUGCAUAUAACAUUGGCGCUGCAACAAUUCACAAUACAUUCUCCAUUGGUGUAAAUGUCAAACUGCCAUAUCAACCGCUAGGUGAUGAGAAAGUCAAUUCUUUGCGAACCAAAAUGGGCAGCCUGCAAAUUCUGAUCAUUGAUGAAGUGUCCAUGGUCGACCACCGUCUUCUGGCCUACAUUCAUGGUAGACUGCGCCAAAUCAAGCAGACUGGUGAUUACUCCUUGUUUGCAAAAGUUUCCCUGAUUUGUGUGGGUGAUUUUUUUCAACUCAAGCCUGUGAAAGGAACGUCUCUUUAUGCUGAGAACAAAGGAGCUAACCUGUGGGACAACAACUUUGAGGUUGCUGAACUGACCAAAGUCGUUAGACAAGAGAAUGCAGCAUUUGCUGAAAUGCUUAAUCGUCUCAGAGUCCGUAAAAAGAACGAGCCUCUCACUGACCGUGAUGUUCUCACAUUGAAGCAGCGUGAAACUGGUGAGGAAUCUACGGACAUUCAUUUGUAUGCCACAAAUGCGGAAGUUGAUGAAUAUAACGUGAGGAGACUGCAAGAGAUCUGCCCAGACGCAAUCAGCAUACGUGCUCAAGACUUUGUCCGAAAUCCCAAAACUGGAAGAAUGGAACGGAAAGUUGGCUUUCACACAAAAGUUUUCAACUCUUGCUUGCCUAAAUGUGUUUCGUUGGGUGUUGGAGCAAGGGUCAUGUUGAAGAAAAACAUAGACGUGUCUGAUGGCCUUGUCAACGGAGCAUGUGGCACAGUUGUGGAAAUCAUUCAAAGUCAACAAGAGGAUGACAUCCCUGCAGCUAUCCAUGUGGAGUUUGAAGACCCUAAUGUAGGAAAAAUCCAGAGGUCAAAAGCCAAACGAGUUUCUGAACGUUCAACGAUAGUGGAAGUGCAAGAGGAACAAGUGGCUAAUAAUGGUGGAGUACGAAGGCAAUUUCCGAUUAGCCUGGCCUGGUCAGUAACUGUACAUAAAUGUCAAGGGCUUACUGUUGAAAGAGCUGUUGUAUCACUCAAGAAGAUCUUUGCUCCAGGGCAAGCAUAUGUUGCGUUGAGUCGCGUGAGAACUCUCGAUGGGCUGAUAAUUGAAGACUUCAAAGAGUCUGCCAUAUAUUGUGAUAACAACGUAGAUUCAGCUAUGAAAAGCUUGCCUGAAUUUAACUUUGGAAUGUCUGUUUCAUCCAACAUGAACCCUGUGUGCACAGUAGCACUUCAUAAUGUACAGAGUUUGAAUGCUCACAUUCAGGAUGUUCAAUCUCAUAAAGCCCUCAUGAAUGCUGACUGUAUUUGCUUAACAGAGACAUGGCUCAAUGUAGACACUGAAGAAGGGCCACAACUUCCAGGAUACGUCUUCAAACACAAUCCGAGAGGAAACUGCUACGAUGACUCCGAGCCAGCCUUUGCAGCGCUGAAACAACAACAAAGAGGUGGAGUUGGUGUGUAUUGUUCAGAAAACAUUGACGCGCAGGUGUCAAUUCCAGAAAGAUGCAAUUUGGAAUGUCUGUAUUUUGAAAUACCACAUGCAAAUCUGACUGCUGCUGUGUUGUACAGGCCUAGCUCUUAUAAGAUUGACAUGUUUCGAGAACAGUUAUUACAGGUCAUCUUUGAACUUGAGAAGCAUCCAGGGAGAAAACUCAUCAUGGGAGACUUCAAUGAGGACAUCUUCGCAUCUUCUACAAUUCUCAAGUUACUGGAGCGGCAUGGAUACACUCAGCACGUGCAAGCAGCUACAACUGAAAAAGGUACAUUAAUAGAUCAUGUUUACAUUAAAGGUACAGAAGAUGUUGUUGUUGAAGUUGUGCAGGCAUACUACAGUUUUCAUGAAGCAAUACUGAUCUCACUGUUGUAA